AUGGGUUUAGGAGGUGUGCUUAUACAGAAUGAUAAAGUAGUUGCUUAUGCGUUGAGACAAUUGAGGGAUCAUGAGAAGAACUAUCCUACGCAUGAUUUAAAGUUUGCUGCAGUUGUUUUUGUACAGAAGAUUUGGAGGCUUUAUCUUUAUGGUUCUAUAUUCGAAGUAAAUCUAAUAUGUUUGCGAAGUGACACCGAUGAUGUUAUGUUGGGAAUGCUGAAAACUAAUAAUGAUUUUCUGGACAGUAUCAGAGAGGCUCAGAAUUUAGAUGUGAAAUUGGUAUAUUCGAUGGUUGGGAUCGAUCAGGCUGAGAAUAAUGAUUUCAAGUUAGAUGCACAAGGAGCCACUAAAAUGUAUCAAUACUUGAAGAAUUUGUUUCGAUGGCCUCGGAUGAAGCGUGAUGUAGCGCAGUUUGUGUAUGCAUGUUUAACUUGUCAGAAGUUGAAAGUUAAACAUCAGAAGCCUGGAGGGCUGAUGCAACUGUUAGAAGUUCCAGAAUGGAAGUGGGAUAGCAUUUCAAUGGACUUUGUGACAGGAUUACCUAAUACUUCAAGAGGACAUGAUUUUAUUGGGUGA